AUGGAGAUAGAUCUUGAACUGCCUUCAUGUGAGCAGGACAAGUUAGAAACUGGUUCAGAUAAGGAUGUUAAUGUUGUAGAUGUCACAGAUGAGAAAAAUGUUGGGGAGCAUGUUAAUUCACCAACAACGAGUGAACAUGUUAAAGAAGCGGAUGGAUUGGAUGCAAACCAAAGUGCUUGUAGUUUGCAGGCCCAAGAUGAUGCGAAAAAUAUGGGGUUGAAUGCUGUUGAUGAGGGGAAGAGAGUAAUUCAGGAACCCCAAAAUGGUUUGGAAUUUGAGUCUAAGGAAGAAGCUUAUUCUUACUACAGAGAAUAUGCUCGGUCUGUGGGAUUUGGCAUCACAAUUAAAGCCAGUCGGCGCUCCAAAAAAUCAGGAAAGUUCAUUGAUAUAAAAAUUGCAUGUUCUAGAUUUGGAAGCAAGCGCGAGUCUGGAACAACUAUCAAUCCAAGACUAUGUAUAACAAAGACAGACUGCAAAGCUAGCUUGCAUAUAAAGAGGAAAGAUGAUGGGAAAUGGGUUGUACAUAGUUUCAUAAAGGAGCACAACCAUGAAAUGUGCCCAGAUGAUUUUAUUUAUGCUAUCAGUGGAAGAAACAAGAAACCUGCUACUGUUGCCUGCCAAAAGAAAGGUCUACAGUCAGCUUUAGGUGAGGAAGAUGUGAGAGUAAUGUUCGAACAUUUUAUGUGUAUGCAGGACGAGGAUCCCAACUUCUUCUAUGCAAUAGAUUUUGACCAUGAAAAACGACUGAGAAGUGUAUUUUGGAUUGAUGCAAAAUGCAGGCAUGAUUAUAGUAGUUUUUGUGAUGCAGUCUUCUUUGACACUUACUAUGUUAGAAACAAUUAUAGAAUUCCUUUUGUUCCUAUUGUUGGAGUCAACCACCACUUCCAGUACAUUUUGCUUGGAUGUGCAUUGAUGGGAGAAGAGACCAUCCCAGCUUUUGUUUGGUUAAUGCGGACAUGGCUUAAAGUAGUGGGUGGCCAAGCUCCAAGACUGAUUAUCACUGAUCAAGACAAAUACUUGAAAGAAGCUGUAGCAGAUGUAUUUAGUGAUGCAUACCAUUGUUUUUGUUUAUGGCAUGUAUUGAGCAGGAUUCCUGAAAAUGUGGGUUUUUUCAUAAAGGAGAAUGAAAUAUUCAUGGAAAAAUUCAACAAAUGCAUUUACCGGUCCUGGACAGUUGAACAAUUUGAAAAGAAAUGGUGGAAAUUGGUUGAUAGAUUUGAACUAAGAGAAAAUGAGUGGGUUCACUCAUUGUUUGAAGAUCGUAAAAAGUGGGUUCCAACUUAUAUGCAGGAUUCAUUUAUGGCUGGAAUGUCUACAAGGGAGCGAUCUGGAAGUAUAACUUCAUUCUUUGAUAGGUACAUUUCUCAAGAAGCUACAGUUAACGAUUUUAUUGAGCAGUACAAAGGAUUUCAGAAAGAUAUGUAUGACAUGGAAGUCAAUGCUGCUCUUGAAACACAGGAUAAACAACCUGGAUUAAGAUCUCUCUCAACUUUUGAAAAACAAAUGGCAACUAUCUAUACAGGUUCUGUAUUUAAAAAAUUUAAGGUCGAGGUUUUGGGACUAGCUUCUUGUCAAUUGCAGAAAGACGGUGAAAGUGAAGCAACUGCAAUUUUCCGGGUUGAUGAUUUGGAAGAACGCCAAAAUUUUACUGUUUCUUGGAAUGAUGCAGAAUUAAAAGUAUGUUGUUCAUGUCAUUCAUUUGAAUACAAAGGUUUUCUCUGCAGACAUGCAAUUCUGGUCCUCCAAGUGUCUGGUGUUUCCAGUAUCCCAUCCCAUUAUAUUUUGAAGCGUUGGACGAAGGAUGCAAAAGUUAGGUGUACUGAUAGUGAUGGACCGAAGAGGCUUAACUACAGAGUGCAACGUUUCAACGAUCUGUGUAAAUUAGCUGUUAAAUUGGGUGAAGAGGGGUCUUUAUCUCCAGAAACUUACCACAUUGCAUUUCAGGCAUUAGAGGCAGCAUUGAAACAUUGUGUGGAUGCCAAUAAUUCUGUAAGAACUGUUUCCGAAGCGAACAUGUCAGCUAAUCAUGGUUUUAAUGACGUGGAAGAAGUCAAUCCCAGCAGCAAUAUGGCAAAGUCUUCUAAGAAAAAGAAAACAUACAAAAAAAGAAAGGCGCAGACUGAACAAGAUAGCGUAACUAUCAGGUUGCAAGACAGCUGCCAGCAGAUGGAACAGAUGAAAUCCAGAGCACAUAACCGUGAUAAUUGUUACGUUCCUCAGCAAGAAUUGGAAGGGGAACAUGGUUCAAGAUCUCGUGGUCUUGAUAGCUAUUACGGUGCUCAACAGAGUAUGCCAGGAAUGGGACAGCUGAACUCAAUUGCUCCUAUCAGUGAUGGUUAUUAUGGCAAUCAGCAGGCCACACAGGGACAGUUGCAUUCAUUACCAACACGUGUUGGUCACUAUGGGACCCAACAGAGUAUGCGAGGAAUGGGUCAACUUAGUUUCAGACCACCAACUGUACAGAGCUGUUUUGACAUUCAGGGCAAUCUGCAAGAUAUGGAACAUUCUGCAGGCUCCUCGCACUUUCACGGCAAUGCAUCAAAGCGCCCGCACGCUCUUAGUAUACAAAGACAUCAGAAAUGUGAUAUCAUUGACCAGACCGACUUCUGGAUUUUGCACGAGAAGGUAGUCAAUGCUUGCCUCGUGCAAAGUUUGUUUGAAAACUGA